GGUAAAAACAAGCACGUAGGUUGCAGAGAGAAGUCGUCUGUGCUUGACGCGAGUGAACUUGAUAAUAAAAAAGUCCGGAAAGCACCAAAGCUCCCUCGAAGCUUGCAGGCGCACACAUAGAAGUCUUUUUCCGGCCCGUUCACCGACAGCCGUGUAUUGUACUUGUGCGAGGCUUCGACACGCCGUGACGAAAUCGCCUGGCUUUCAUUCUGCACUCAUUCCUCGCGUUUAUCGAGAUUAAGCCGACCCUCGCGUAUCACACAGAAGUGCAAAGUUAUGAAAGUACGCAGCAUGGCCAUUAUGGAGUUCGUUCGGAUUCAAGAGUAUGGCACACUGUGAUGGAAAACGAGGAGGGAGGAGAAGAAGAAAAAAAUAUCGUGAAUAGAAUGUAUAAUGUGACAUUUGCCGGCGCGACUGUGUAUGGACGGGUCUCCGAAUGUCAAUGGCGCAUUGAGGCAGCGUGACAAUCGAGGCUCAAGCUCCUAAUAGAAUUACGUCGACGUUACACAAGAGAGCUGUUGUUGCCCUCGUAUGGAUUCAACUUUGGCGUUAAAGGUGAAAUCGCGACAGUUGCGUUUCUGACUUACUUCGUGGAAGAGAGAGAGAGCUUUUUCUCGCUCCGGUAUCCGCUUGAAGAUGAAGGACGCGAGUAGGCUCUUGAGGGUUUUGUUGAGGGUUUCGGAAAAGGCAGCGAACAUCGCGAGGGUUUGCAGGCAGGACAAGGCACUUUUUGCCCUGCUCGUUCAGGAAAAGUCGGCCGACGAGAAGAAUCCACGGUUUUUUCAAGACUUCAAAACAUUGGCCGACGUUUUGAUUCAAGAAACCAUUCGCCAUGACAUUGGCUUGGAGUUUCCAGAAUUGACUGGUGCUGUCAGAGGAGAAGAGAACAACGUUUUCAGCAAUACGCUGGGCGAGACAAUUACAGUCAAGAUUUGUUCCAGCUUACAAAAAACGGCAGAGUUACUAAAAAAAGUUUUGGAUGACGACGAAACAGUUGCCGAACUACUUUCCAAAGAAGUUCACCGGGACAUAGAGAUGUCGGAUGUUCCAGUUGACAGUACAAACGUUCCUAUGGAUUUCGAAGUAGAUAUAUCAGAUCUCGGUAUUUGGAUUGAUCCCAUAGAUUCGACUGCUGACUAUAUAAACGGUGGUGAAGUCAUUGACGACACAACAGGGUUACACUUAAGCGGAUUGCGUUGCGUUACUGUACUUAUUGGAGCUUAUUUCAAAAGUUCUGGUCUACCUGUUAUGGGAGUCGUUAAUCAACCCUUUUUCACACAAGAAAACGGAACAGAGUGGAAAGGUACCUGCUACUGGGGAUUUUCAAAUGGCAGUUCUUCAUGUUGUUCCAUCCACAACGAAGAAGACAAUAAAAACAAAAUAGUUUUGAUCAGUAGAUCCGAAAACCCAAGUAUAAAGUCGAAGUUAAGCGAAGCUCAAUUUCAAAUAAUAGAAGCUGCGGGCGCGGGUUACAAAUUGAUAAGUGUUGCUUCUGGCAAAGCAGAUGCUUAUUUGCUCUCCAAAAAUUCGACAUAUCGAUGGGAUUUAUGCGGUCCACAUUCAAUAUUACUAUCACAAGGUGGAGGUAUUGUUGAUUUCGAAAAAUCUACAAGCGGUGUUGAUUACUGUGAUGCUAUUAUAAGGUAUUCCCACGUUGAUACGAAAGUUUGUAACGAAGGUGGAUUAAUCGCCUUUAAAAAAAAGAAAACUUUGGAUGAUUUAUUAAAUAUUUUUUAAUGAAAACUUAAACGAAUUUUAUGAGAGGGACACACUUUAAAUGUUAUAAAUACCAAAUGUUAUACAUAUAUAUACCAAAUGUAAAGCCAUGCUGUUGACAGUAAAGGAUUUACAUUUUGAUCUCUUACUGGGAAAAUGUACUUCAAGUAUGGAAAACAGAUUUUCGCCAUACCCCACGUUUUGCCAUAUUUCUUAGAUCAAAAUAUGCUUAUUUGGUUUCAUUAGUCAAUAAAAUUGGUCUUAUUAGUUAAUAAAAUUCCAUCAAUUUUAUUAGUUAUUUAAAUUAUUUUGGAUUUUUAUUGGUGAAAAUAAUUUAUUUGCCGCGCACGCAUUGAAACAGAUAUAUACUUUAGAAAAAUAACUGAAACGUUCACAAUUUACGUUAGUGUUAAUAUCAUGAUUUAAAAUAUAAUAAGAUAACUUGAAAUGCAAACAAUACGUUUGGGUAAUGUACAACAUCACGUGCUGACUAAAAGUUACUUUGAAGUCUAGUUGGAAUCCAUUUGAUAAGUUUAAAGUGCAUACUAAAAUCAUGAAUGAUAAUAUUUUGUAUUACCUGGGAUGUCUGAAAACAAACUGUUAAGAUACUUAUUUAAUUGUGCACGUUUAAAAAAUGUGUUUCAAUCAAUAUACCCUAUACAUUGAGAAUUUAUAAAAAUAUGUUGUACAAAUUACAUGUGAUGAUUGUGGAUCUCUUGAUGUGAUAUGGUAUUUAUUUUGUUU